GCACGGAGACGCGCGGAGGGCGGGAGCACCUCUCCUAUGGAGACCGGCCGAGGGAGCUGGGCUCGGUCAGCACGGAGAGGAGAAGGCUGCGGGGGCACCUCAGUGCGGCCCUGCUGUGCUUGAGGGAGCUGACAGGCGGGGGGGAACCAGCGGUCUGUGCGGUCUGAUAGUGACAGGGCGAGGGGGAGUGGCCCUGAGCUACCAGGGAGGUGCAGGUUAGAUGUCAGGAGGAAAUUCAUCACUCAGAGGCAGUGAGGCACUGCUGCCCACGGCGGUGGGUGCCCCGCUGCUGGGGGUGCCAGUGCCGGGUUCAGUUGGCCCUGAGCUGGCAGGGGCACCAGCCCAUGUCUGGGUGACCUUUUAGGUCCCUGCUAACCUAAGCCGCUCUGUGAUCCUUGUGCCUUCCUUCCAGCCUGGGAUUACACACGGUUCUGUGGUUCUGCUCUGCUGUGCGAGUGACUGGACGCCGGCUCAGGUUGCCCUGAGAAAGGCUGUGGAUUUCUUUCUCCUCAGAGAGCUUAAAAACCACCGGGCUGUGCUUGAGCAGGGGUGGCCCGGGUGAGCCCCAGCAGUCCCACCUCAGCUGCUCUGUGGUGGGCGGCAGCCUGACAGCGACAAAAGGAGCUGAGGCUGGCUGCUGUGUUCAGCUCAUCGCUCAAAGUCUAAACCAGUCUAUUACAGAGUUCUUCAAACCAGUUUUAAAACAAGACCUUGGCCAUAAAGACAGAAGUGUGUUGUGCUCCUCAGGCUCAGGAAAUGUAAAAGAUGCAGGAAUUGGACUGUCUGUUCUACGUGCUGAGUGCUUUGAGAAGCAGAUGUCUCCUGCAAAGAAGGUUAGAAAAAAAAAGAUGCCAGACCCAACACCAAAAACGAGUCCUAUAUUAGAUGCCUUUCGGAGAGGAAUUGAGAAAAAAGGCGAUGUAAACAUAUUGGAGAGCAAUGCAGGAUGCAAGACACCGGGGUCAGCGUGGCCGAGAGUUGUGAUUCGGAAACUCUUUGUUACCACAGCAUCUCCCAGGAAUAUCUUGGCUGAAAAAGAUAAAGGUGUCAAGCCAGAGCAGGGAAGGAGUGAGAAGUACCUGGAUGUAACAAGAACAUUGCUGUCCUGUGAAAAUAGUUGGGAACAGAAAACUGAUUGUAUGGAUGUAGAAGAGACCAGCUCAGACUCAGACAGAUGGGUUUUACCAGAAGCUGAUUCUCAGAAAGCCUGUGCUAGAAGUAAUGGCAAUGCAAACUGCACGUCUCCGUGUCCAAACUCAGGGCUUCUCUUGAAGUUGCCGUGUACUCCGCCUGACUCCAAAGUUAGGUUAGCACUGGGAACUCUGCACAGAGAAGGAAAGCAGAAGAAACAUGGGACGAAGCAGUCUAAAGCACAUCACGUAAAGCCAUUUUCAAGAACAAGAGUAUCACAUCAGGGAAGUGGAUAUUCAAGAAAAAUAUCACAUUCUGGUUCGAGGGAGACUGCCUCAGAUGACCCAUCCCAACCAAAGCAGGACUCAAAACUUGACGUAUCAUCUCCAAAUCCAUUGAGAAUGUCCCCCGAGAAAGCUGCCAGCGUGUGGAAAAGUCAUUCUGCUCCAUUAGUCAGCCGUAGAUCUCAGCUCUCGUCUUCUGGGCCGUCCAAACAGUUUGUCUGUUCUGGGAAGAGAAAACGCACUGUAAUGAGCGUGUGUGCUAACGGUUCCAAUCAGUCUGAGGAAGCAAGUUGCAACGAGCCUGCUUUGAGAAGGUCCUCUGCAACUGGGAAAAAUAGGAAGUCUACUUUGGUGAAAAACAUUGUGCUAAAGUCUCCGUGUGUGGACGCGCUGCAGCUAAUGGAGGCUGCUGCUCUACCUGGAUGUGAUUCUCCUCGCUCAGAGGAAUACCUCGACUCAAGCCAUGAAAAUGAGAGAAAUAACUAUUCUUCUGUAGGUUUGUCAUCAUAUUCUGCACAGCAUCUUAAUGAAAAUAGCCAGGUUUCUGUUGUGGAUACCAAAGAGAAUCAGUUGCAGGUGGCCAACUCACACUUUUUCUUGGAAAAGUCCCUUCCUUCUCAGGAGAAAAGUACUGUCUUGCCUUCUCCCCACCACCUAAAACAAGCAAGUACUGCCUUCACAAAAGGUGUGAAAUCUCAUCUCCAGAGUGCUGUCUUCUCUCAGGUAAGACCAAAAAGAUGUACACGCAAUAGAGCUGAUAGUAUUCCACCCAGCAACACUUCUUCAAGAACAGAAGAAAAGGCUUCAGAAAAUGUUUCUGAUCAUUGUUCAGCAGAAGGUUCUAGGAAACUUACAUUAUUGGAAGAGAGUGAUGAAAGGGUUCUGUGUUCACUGCCUUUUAAAAGAGGGUGUGAGGACGAUAACCACCUAUCUUCAGAACUUGCAGGAGGGUUAAAAGUUGGAAGCACCUGUACAGAGAUGUGCAAUGUGAAUGGAAAAUCAAAAAGCAGUUUUGAUAGCGAAGAUGAGACUUUGGGAUGCAUUCUAGAUGAUGACGACGAUGAUGACGAUGAAAUCUUCCUGCCACUGCAAGAAAUUCUGUCUUCAAGUACCAAGUGUCAGACAGAAGCCCUGGAAGGAGACAGUUCUGAUGAUCUCUUCAAGGGCACCAUGGCUCUGACGCAUCAUCUUUCUAAGCCUCCUGUUGUUACCCAGGUGUCAUACGUGAACAGCUUAGAACAUCUCUUGAAGGAGAAGGAACAAUCUAAAAGAUUAGAUGAACUAGAAAAGCGGUUACGAGAAGACAUGCAAAGAAAGGAAAUUGAUUCUUCAGAUGGAGAAGAUGAAAAUGCUGUGGAGAAUGGAGACCUCUCAGAAGAGCACAGGGCAUUUAUAAAGAGAUUUUCGGUAGUAGCUCAUGCUAUACCUGACUACCACCCUGGAGAAGAUAUAUUUGAUUUAUCAAUCUCUGGGAAAAUCUUCAAUCAACAUGACCUUGACUUGAGGAAUUUUCAUUUCAUCCCUCAAAAUGCUAUAGAAAAACUCCUUGUUAGUUCUGAUGUAACACAGCAGCUUUUUUUCGCUAUUCAUGGUUUUCUGAGUUCUUACAGCUGUAGUGCGUGUCCCAUUCCAAUUCUAAAGUGGCUUUUUCAGAUGAUGUCUGUUCAUCCUAACUAUUGUGUUUCCACCCAGAUUUUAGACAGGUUGAUCGAAAUAACACUAAACAAUGCCUCCAUCAGUGAUGAACAGUCUAAACCAUGGAUCCCUUCGCUAGCUGAUGUGUCAACUGUUUUUGUCAAUAUGGGUAUUACCUUCAGAUCUCUCUUUCCAUUGGAACAUCUUCAGCCCAACUUUAACGAGCGUGAUAUUUUAAGUCAGAUGCAAGGAACAGUGAGUAAAGAGCAGCCGGGAGGAUUUACCAACUCUGCCUGUCCAGCCUUCUCCUGUCUACCAGAAAGCAAUCUAAUGAAUGUGAUCAAGUUCUUAGAUUUCUGCACGACAGUAAUUCAAGAUGGAUAUACAGAUCAAGAAAUACUGUUGCUACUUCUAUUGCUUUUUAAAAUAAGCUUGGAGAAACAGCUAAAGCAAGUUUCGUUAAUAGAUUUCCAGUGCCUUCUCACAAAACUUCUGAUAAGUAUUAAAGACUGGGGCACAAAGAUGCCUGAGCUCUGCCUGGGUGUGAGCGAACUCUCCAGUCAGCACCAUAAUCUGCUGUGGCUGGUUCAGCUGGUCCCCAGCUGGAUAACGCGUGGACGGGAAGUAAGAAGACGCCUUAGCCUAGUGAUAAUUGCAAAGCUGCUUAACAAAAAGCAUAUGAGAAUACCUGACGACUGUGACAAGCAGAUGUCUCUUCUGCAUCAGUAUCUGGUGUACAUGAAACCUUCUAAUCUACUAGAGAAGAUGGGAAAAGAUGAGCAGCAGAAUGUCAGUGAAGAACACAUUAAAGAACGCGUUAAUACAGAACUAGAACAGGAGGUGUACUACCUAAUCUACAUUCUCCUCCAUCUAGUCAGUGAAGCUAGUUUCUUUGACAAUGUAAACUCUGAUCAAAGGCAACACUUACUGAAGCUUUGUGGUACCUUAGAUAAGCACAUAAAAUGUGAUAUUAGGGAAGAUGCAAGGCUGUUCUAUCGAACAAAGGUAAAAGACUUAGUUGCUAGGAUAUAUGGCAGAUGGCAAGAUCUGAUACAAAACAGUCGGCUUACUCAGGGAAAACUACAUGACUUCUGGGAGCCAGAUUCAUGAGAUCUUGCCUAGAGCAGGGAAAUAACAACAACAAAGAGCGCCUGCAGCCAAGGCAUGUAUAAAAGGAAUGGAGCUUCACCUUGGUCAGAGUGCAAGAAUUACUGGUCGUCUGAAUUAGAACUUGAGCUUGGUUCAAGCAAAUAUGAAAAACACAAUGAUCCAAUUUGAUUGGCAUUGCUUUUACUAUGAAUGUGGUUCUUCUGAAAGGGGUGAACUGAAGAAGCAGCUAUUUCCAUAGCUCUGUCUGGAUUGCGUUUUAUCAUGUUGAAAGUUGAGGGAAGUUUUCUUAUUUCCGUUGUUAAUCAUGACACGUCUUUGAAAACUGUGUGCGUCGGUUUUCUUGCCAGCACACACCUAGAAGUAUUGCUUUGGGAUAGCUGGGAAGAACUGCCCAGUGGUGUGAAACAUGAGUCUGGAAACAAUAUUAGACCUUCUCUGUUGUGAGUAGGCGAGGAAGUGCUUCACUUCUGAUCUGAAUAACAGAGCUGCACGCACACGUUGAUCUGCAGAGCAGGAUUAAUUGGUAUGAUCAUCCAGUGCCUCUAAAUAACAAAAUAUGGCAGUCACGUGUGGGCAGGUGGUGGCUGUCUUGUUCUCUUGAGGGUGGAGGCAGCUGAAGAGAAGCUGUGCCCAAACAGUGUAAGUGGAUAGUGCUUUGCUCUGUUAUUGUCAUCUAACAAAUAACAAAACAGAACUUAGUGCAAAUAACAAAAUAGCAUUUGCUGUUACUGCACUGCAUUCAUGCUAACUGCCUCAUCUUCAGGCAUUUAUGCAGUGAAUGUGACUGCGCAGAAAGUGAUUCUAUAAGAUCCUAUUGUAAAUGAGGUCUCAUCACACGAGCGGUCUUGUUGUGCUGCUCUUUAAGAAACAAAUACCUUCACGUACGUUCACGAGAAAAUAUUGUUCCUAAAAUAUCGAGUCAGUAAAGAUUUGAGGAGAUUUGACCCCUGCAUGUGAAAGUAACUGUGAAAGGUCUUUGUGCAAAGUCUUGCUGCAUACACGGCGUGUGCUCAGAGCUCCGCGCCUGUUUGUGCAGUAGUCGGAGAGAUGUGAUCCCUUUGUGCGUGCUUUGUGUGAAUGCCAUAAUUUAAACCUUACACUGUGUUUUGUCUGUAGUAUGUGUGUAUGUGUGAACAGAAAGUUCAAGUAUUGGGUAGAAUACCAAAUGGAAAAUCUAGCUUUUUAAUACUGCGACAUGUGCAUUUUAUAAUACUGCUUCCUUUUAAUUUUUGUAGAGUAACCUAUCUUGUCCUGUACAGUAAACCCCCUACAAGUUGAUGUAAAAUGUAAAAUAGGGUUAAAAUUAAAGUUAAGUCUGCGUGUUGUAUGUGAAGGAGCUGCUCUGGACUGGACACAACCCACAGGGAAGGUGUUUUGUUUGCGAAUCACGUUCAGUGUUCUGUCUUUCCUUUCAAACGCGGGUGGCUCAGGUGAAGCCCGCAGCAUCUGUCCCCUCUGCAGCAUUUUUAGCUUCUCUUUGUCCCGUCAGCGUUAUGUUCAGCAUCACCCGAGGGCAGAAACAAGGCCAGUUUCUAAUCUCAGAGUUUCAGUGUGUCGUUUCAGAAUGGGUUGAAUCUACCUCAAAGGGAAUCUUUGUUUGACAGCAGGACAGUGUUAGACUAAAAUUACAGCUGACGUGGUGGUAUGCAGGUAUGCCAGUGCCAUCGCCUGCUCUGCCCAUCAUUCCCUGUGUGGUAACCUUCCCUCUGGCAGCGGUUCCUUCCUACGUUAAAUGUAUUGUACGUGAUUUUAAUUAAUGUUUCUAUCUUUUUCUCACUGAUGUUGUAUACAGUUUUUAAAAGUACAGAAUACGCGUACUUUAUGCAAUGUGUAUAUAUUUUCUUACCAUGUAAAAUUGACUUUGCGUUCCUGUAUAUUUUGGAAAAGGGGUGAGGUUUAGAUCAGUGUCUUUCUUUGUUCCCUGUAUUGCAGUUUGGAGCACCUUGAAACUGUUGGGGAUUUUUUUUCUGUACAAAAUAACCACUUUGAUAUGUACUUUUAUUUAAUAGACCACUGAGAAAAUGAAACCAGACUAGCUUUUCUAAUCAAACGUCUGCAUGAAAUCAGCACACAUCAACCACUGCACAAAAAAAUGGCUGCAGCUCCUGUUUGGGUCUUCCUGCAGACAUGGUAGUGCUUAGGUUCACAGCCCAUUAGCUUACUAUAAACUGAGAAAGUCUUGGACUAAUUCUUAGCUCUGCCAGUUCUGUGUUUUCGUGCUUGAUGCCAGUGUAUACAUUCUGGCGUUUUGCCUCUCUUCCCCUCCCUCUUUGUCUGGACUUCCUUCCAUCUGUCUUGUAGCUGAGUAACAAUCCCCCAGUUUCUCCAUCUAGGUGUUGGUUGAAUGGGAGCUCUUCGUGAUCCCGAAGCAUCACUGCCCUGUCCUAAAACGGGCUGCUGUGCUGGCUGCUGCCCCGGGACUGCGAGGAGUGACCUAGCAAACCUGCUGCCCCCAGCCAGAAGCUCCAUGCAUUGAAAAAGGCUGUUUGCACACUCAAUGUCUUCACUGCUUCAGUUGUCUUUGGAGAAGCGUUUUUGCACUGAGGUAUAUCUUUCCAUAUUAUGUUGGUUGUAUUAAGAACCAUGUUAUCUCAUUUCAUGGGCAGUUAGGUGUGCUUGAUUGCAGUAACCACAGACAAAAAAAAUUAAAAGCUGACUAUAAAAUAUA